UACAAAAACUCGUCACUUUGGUUGUGAGACUACUGAAACUUAACAGAAGGGUUGACAUUUGCAGCUAUUUACAUAAUGAGCGAGCAGUUAAGUUGACGUACUGCUUUAUUUGAGUUGGUUCAAAAGAUGUUCAGCAUGAUUUGGAAUUUUAGUUUGACGUCAUUAAGCUGAUUAUUGACUGAUAAUUGAUCUUGCUUGUAAUAUUCGACCGGAAAUUGUCACACCAACUUACGUAUGCGUACCACAUCCGAUAAUAAAUAUGUAAACAUAUGUAUGUAUGCGUGCAUAUAAACCCAAUGUUCCCAUUGGGAUUUCAAUCCACUCAACUUUACUUAUUGCGAUUUCUUACGUUACGUCAAACGAUCUUUCGGAAAAAAACUUGAAAUUCCGAAAAUUUUUAUACUGCAUUCGCACACACAAAUGCAAGGAAUAUUGGUCGGGUGCGGAAAUCCGUUGCUCGAUAUAUCGGCAACUGUGGAUGACAAUUUUCUGCAAAAGUACGAUUUAAAACCAAAUGAUGCGAUAUUGGCUGCUGAAAAGCAUAUGCCGCUUUACAAAGAGUUAGUGGAGAAGUAUAAUGCUGAAUUUAUUGCUGGUGGUUCUGUGCAGAAUUCAUUACGAGUAUGUCAGUGGAUGUUGCAGAAGCCUAAUACGGCUGUAUUCUUCGGUUGCAUUGGCCAUGAUAGUUAUGGAGAUAUCUUAGAUGAGCGAGCACGAUCAAACGGCGUGGAUGUACAUUAUCAACGUACCAAUGACGCGCCCACAGGUACUUGUGGUGUUCUAAUUACCGGCACACAUCGUUCGUUAUGUGCAAACUUAGCUGCGGCCAAUCAUUUUACCAUAGACCAUUUGCUUACACCUGAAAAACAGAAGCUCGUGGACAAUGCCGAGUAUUUUUAUAUAUCUGGUUUCUUCCUUACGGUUAGCCCGCCAAGCAUUCAGCAUAUUGCCCAACAUGCGCACAAACAUAAUCGCACUUUUCUUAUGAACUUGAGUGCACCAUUCUUAUCGCAAUUUUUCCGUGAACCAUUAAUGGCUGCAUUACCUUACGUGGAUAUACUUUUCGGGAAUGAAUUGGAAGCGGAAGCAUUCGCAGCUGCUCAAGGUUGGGAUGAUAAGGAAUUGAAAGAGAUUGGAAAGAAAAUGUUGGGUUUACCUAAACAGAAUUCCAAUAGACCACGUAUAGUGGUCUUGACACAAGGUCAUUUACCUGUAUUACUCAUACAAGAGAAUUCCAUUGAAGAAUUUCCAGUAGAACGUUUAGAGCCCAACGAAAUCGUCGACACAAAUGGUGCUGGCGACGCAUUCGUUGGUGGUUUUUUGGCACAGUACAUACAAAAGAAGCCACUGAGCGUCUGCAUACGCUCAGGAAUAUGGGCAGCAAGACAAAUUAUCCAGCGUAGUGGCUGCACGUUCGACGGUUUACCUGAUUUCAAGGAAUAAUUAUACAGACUAGAAAGAAAUCAAUAAAAACGCGAAUUUUUUUAUAUUAAAUACAUUCGAUUCGCAUGAUUCGAAAAAAUAAUUUUGUACUACUUAAAAACCGCGUACGCAUUAUUGUCCUGUUGAUUACCUAAGGUCUAUUACAAACGCUACCACUUAACAAAGACGAGUUUAAAUUGCAGCAAAGCAAUAAAAUUUUAAUAAUGAGUGAUUUUUAUGGCAAUACGCUUGAUGGUGCACAAAAAUUCAUUGUUCUUUGACAAAUUAUGAAAGUUAACUAAUAAAAAUUUAAAAAGAAGGCAAUUAAAAACUUUUGUAAAUACAAAUACA